AUGUCUGAAGUAACUGAUUCUAAGUUAGAAAAUCCUGACGACCAUUUGAACUCAAGUACUAGUAAUGCUCAGUUCAGUGGCACUUCUUCAGCCACUGGCCCUGGCGGCGACGAAGAUGACGAAGAGGAAGGAACAGGAGGGAAACAACAAAAGGAAAGGAGAAAGAUUGAAAUCAAGUUCAUUCAAGAUAAAUCUAGACGUCACAUUACCUUUUCAAAAAGAAAGGCGGGCAUUAUGAAAAAAGCAUAUGAAUUGUCUGUUUUAACUGGUACUCAAGUUUUGUUGUUGGUUGUAAGUGAAACGGGUUUAGUGUACACGUUCACGACUCCAAAACUUCAGCCACUUGUGACAAAAUCAGAGGGUAAAAACUUGAUUCAGGCAUGUUUGAAUGCUCCGGAAGAGGGGUUAGGCGAUGAUCAGGGUGAGCAAUCAGACGACAAUUCUGGUGAGCUGCCUGAUCCUAAUGCAAAUGCAAGCGCAGUUCAUCAGCAACAGGCUCAGCAGGCUGCACAAGUUCAUCAUGCCCAGCAAGUACAGGCAGCACAACAAGUCCAAGCUCAGCAGCAGCAAUUGCCACCAGGUGCCCAUAUCCCACACGGUAUCCCAUAUCCUGGUGCUCACCCGCAACCCGGUAUCCCAAUUCCACAGCAAAGCGCAUAUGGUGACUCGCAAGUUUAUCAACAGUAUUUUUCAAAUAUUCAAAACGGCAAUAUGCCAAACCAACAACAGUAUCAAUGA